CUCCGCUUCAAACCUCGGUUAUUCACACUGUCACAACCGCAUGGCUUGUUUCUAUUGAAUGAUACACCCAAUCUUAUCUUGUACUACUGAGCGGAGGUAGUUUCCAUAUGACCGAGGUAAAGAAAACGGACGUGUUCAUUAGCGGCGGUGGGCCUACUGGUUUGCUUACUGCGUAUGCACUUGCUAGACAGGGUGUGGAUACCUUAUUCGUUGAGCAACAUGACAAAGCUCAACAGGCAAUGUAUGGCCGCGCAACAACUCUCCACCCACGCACGCUUGAAUUGCUGGAUCAAUUGAGUAUAUUAGACGACCUGAACCAAAUUGGCUAUGUGGCCCGUGACAGUGUGACGUACAGGGACGGCAAGCGGGUGUCGUCUAGAGGCUGGGAAAUUAUGUACCAGCAUAUGCGUGGCACGUUCCUGGAUUAUUGUUUGAAUAUUCGCCAGAAGUUCUCGGAGGAGGUAAUUCGUGAUGCAUAUGUAUCGCUUCGAGGCGAGCCGUACAUUGGUUGGAGAUUAGACGGCUUCAUCGUUGAGGAAGCCUGUGAUGAUGAUUAUAAAGUCGUCUCGCAUGUGACAGAGGUUAGUUCGGGUAGAAGCUUGACGGUGAGAAGUAAAUUCAUUGUUGGCGCGGAUGGUAGCCACUCGCUUGUGAGACGCCUUGCUGGUAUUCCAUUUGAAGGCGACCACACAAACUUUCGAUGGGUACGCAUUGAUGGGCGCUUCAAGACUGAUAUGCCUGAGGCUGAUAUUGGCUUCGCCUCCAUUGAGUCCAAAAGUCAUGGGAAUGUGCUCUGGGUUCAAUUAGAUCAUGGCGUGAAGCGGAUCGGAUUUGCUAUGACACCGGAAAUGCUCGCCAAAUACGGGGACAAGCUUACACUUGAGGACGCGAAGGUGGAGGCUGUCAAGUCUAUGGAGCCAUUUUCGUUGGAAUUUGAAACCAUUGACUGGUGGACCUUGUAUGGUAUCAAUCAACGCGUAGCAGAGUGCUUUUAUAACAACGACCGUGUGUUACUAGCAGGCGACGCCUGUCACACGCACUCAUCUGGCACAGCACAGGGCAUGAACACAGGCGUCCAUGAUGCUGUGAAUCUAGCGUGGAAGCUCGGCGGCAUCGUGAAAGGCUGGUAUAAUGAUGAUGUGCUUCGCAGCUAUGAUACAGAGCGACGUCCUGUAGCGCAGCAUCUAAUCAACCUUGACAAGGACUUCUCGGCUACCAUAUCGGGUACCGUUCCUGACAGGUACAAGGAUCUAUCCUUAAGCUCAAACGAGCUGUUUGCCAAGGUCUUUGAUGACACGAUAGAUUUCUGUAUUGGGUUGGGAAUCCACUAUAACGAGAGUAUCAUCAACAAGACUUCCCUAGCAACGGCAAUUUCAGCAGGCUGGAGAGCUCCAGAUGCUUUGGUAUAUGCUCCUGGAUCACGACUACCUAUUAGAUUAUUCCACCUAAUGCCGAACGUUGGUGCUUGGUCGAUUCUUCUCCUCGCUGGACAUCCUGAGAAAACUGGGCAAAGUCUCAUUCAUGCCGUGGAGAUAGUGAAACAGCUCAGCGAAAGCCUUCCUCGCAAAAUGAUUCGAUCACUCACUGUGGUUGCUCAGAGUCCUGCUGGAGGAGACCAGAGGUUCAGUAUUCCAACGAUAGGUCGACUCUAUUAUGAUCCAGAGGGCUCUGCUCAUGCUGCCUAUACGGUGUCUGAUAGCAAUGGCGCAGCCGUCGUUGUUCGACCUGAUGGAAUUUUGGGUUAUGCAACACAGCUUGACGAAGCCAGUAGCGUCAUUAAAUAUUUUUCCGGCUUUAUUACUCGGUGA